AUGGAUUCCUCCACGCCCACAUCAGACUUUAUCGACCGUCUGAUCAGUGAAAUAGCCCAAUAUGAAGCCUCAGUCGAGACGGACUCUGGCACUCAAAUCGCGAAACAGACUCAAGCUUUCUCAGGCCUCUCGCCGGCCCAGCUCGCCACUCUCAAGCCACUCAUGUUGACACUGCAUUGCCUCUUCCCGAACGACAUGCUCCCAGCUCUAGACAUUCUAGACCGAAAACUCGUGCGUCGGGUUAUGCGCGCAGACCGACACACGCCCGCGAACCAAGGUGAAAGGGUCUCACCCCAUGGACCCAAAGCAGAAGCCAACGAGGACAUGUUCAUCGUAAUUUCUGCCUCGGUACCUUCUCACCUGGACGCAUCACCCCCAAGCUUCACGCGCGACCAGGACAAAGGCUACGAGGUUCGGCUGCGUGCCUGGAAUUGCAGCUGUCCUACAUUCACCAUCUCGGCGUACAGGGACACUCAUCAAACCUUAGCAGCUGCAGAGGACCAACCCGAUGCUGAGAUACUCCCGAAAGAGCCUAUUGUCUACCCUUUCGGCGGGACGAUGGCUCGUGGCACAGCGCGGCUGUCACCUCCUGUAUGCAAACAUAUCCUAGCCUGUAUCCUGAGUGUACGGUGUCCGAGGCUGUUUGGGGUUGAUCAGGACGGCGGAUGUGCAAUUUCCAAAGAGGAGCUGGCGGGAUGGUGUGCCGGCUGGGGUGGUUGA